AUGGCAAACGAGUCUGCAGCCACGCCUCUCAUAUCUCGGAUCACUCACAUUGUUCUUCACGGCGUCAUGGGCUCCGUGUUGCUCACGUGGUCACCACAGCCCCAUGACGAACCUGCAGUCACCACGCCCACAGUGGCACCACCCUCCGGCAACGAGACUCGACCGCACUACCACCCCCACGGGACCUUCUUCGAGGACGGGCCCCGGCCACUGAGGGUGACGGCUCGCGUGGGCUCCACUGUCACCUUGGACUGCAAGGUGGCGAUGCUGCAAGGCAAGACGGUGACGUGGCUGCACCGGGACGGCGGCCGGCUGCGCCUGCUGACGGUGGGGCGGCAGUCGUACAGCGCCGACGGCCGCCUGCAGGUGUUGUUCCGCUACCCGGGCAACUGGCGCCUGCGCAGUAGCAGCGCGCACUCUACCGCCGUGUGCACUGCAUGUCGUACAGCGCCGACGGCCGCCUGCAGGUGUUGUUCCGCUACCCGGGCAACUGGCGCCUGCGCAGUAGCAGCGCGCACUCUACCGCCGUGUGCACUGCAUGGUCUGCAGGUGACGUGGCUGCACCGGGACGGCGGCCGGCUGCGCCUCUUGACGGUGGGGCGGCAGUCGUACAGCGCCGACGGCCGCCUGCAGGUGUUGUUCCGCUACCCGGGCAACUGGCGCCUGCGCAUCGCGGGCCUGGCGCCCGCCGACCAGGGCGAGUACCGCUGCCAGGUGUCCGCCCACCCGCCGCUCGUCAAGACGGUCCUGCUGGUGGUCACAGCCCCGGUGCUGGCGGUGGUGGACGACGCAGGACGACCCGUGGGGGAGGACCGCUACUACAAGGCGGGCAGCCGGGUGGAGUUGAGCUGCGAGGCAAGCAGCCUGCAGCCCGGGGACACCGUGGCCUGGUCCCGCCGCGGCCGGCCUCUCGCGCCCAGCGAGGACGAGCCGGCCCGAGCCCGUGUGAGCGGCAGCAGCGCGGGAGCCGACCCUGCCUCGGGCGCAGCCACGGCCACACUGACCAUCGCGCAUGCGCAGAGGGCUCACUCCGGCGACUACACCUGCGCAGUGGGGGGCGUGGCCUCCGUCUCCGUCGCAGUCCACAUCCUCAAAGGCCAGCUACCGGCGGCAGUGCACCACGGGAAGAAAGGGGGCGGGGCCACGCGGCUAUUGGGCGCCCCGCGGUUGGCAGCCCUGCUGGCGUGCGUCGCCGCGCUGGUCAGGUGACCCGCGGUCGCAGUGCCGGCAACCUCGCGCGCGCGGAAGCCGUCCACCGCCAUCUUGUUCUCGUCCAGCCAGCUGGGAACCCACCAACACGUCCG